AUGACCGACCGCUACGUUUACUGCAAUGGUCGAGCUCACGAGGCGACGUCUAGUGUGGGAGCUGGUAAACAACCUUCGUCGACGGCUGCCAUGAAGCCGCAAAGUGUCACGAAUCGUCACAUGAACUGGCUGAUACACGCGCUGUACAGCAGGAAGCACUUUGUGCAGUGUGGAAAGUUGAUUGAUCGCCAGCUGGCCAUCUGCUACGACAAGGAGUAUCUGUACUACAUGAAAGGGUUGCUGCUGCGGGAGGAAAACAACGCCACCGAAGCCACACAGUGUUUCCAACAGGCCAUUGCGCUGAACAGGAAGGAACCGGAAAACUACAAGGAGCUUGCCAAAACGCUCUAUUCGAUGGGAAAGUUCAAGAAUGCCCUAGAAGUGUUCCUUAAGGCAGAAACUUUGCUGGAGCGGCCGGACCACGAGAUCUACCACCACAUCGGCGAGCUGUACUAUAAAAACUUUGGCCAGCCGAAGGCCGGCCGGGGCGAGGCGAAGGAAUAUCUUAAGCAAGCCAUCACCUGCGGUAAACACGUGGCCAGCUAUAAGAUUCUUGCGGAAAUCUACAUCGAGGAAGGGGAUAGCAUUAAAGCGAUAGAAAUGAUUGAGAGUUGUUUGCAGUUUACCACGAUCGAUGUGGCUCUGAUGACUCAAAUAGGUAUACUGUAUUUAAAAAUCAACGAGUAUCAGCGAGCCUUCGAGAAGCUGCUCGAUGCCACGGCGACCGAUUCCAAACACACCAGCGCCCUCCUGGCUCUUGGUUCCAUUUUGCAGUCCAAAAACGAUAUCGACGGUGCGUUGAACAAAUACAAGAGAAUGUCAAACCUCCCGGAGGAGAGCUCCGAGGUGUGGAGCAACAUUGGGCUGUGUUUCUUCAAAAAGCAAAAGUUUAUUGCAGGUAUAUCGUGCCUGAAGAAAGCUGCCUGGAUAUCGCCAUUAAACUUCAACGCGCUCUACAACCUUGGCCUGGUUCUUGUUACGGCUCAGCAGUACGUUAGCGCGUUUCAGACGCUUGCGGCCGCCAUCAGUCUGCGUCCGGAGCACGCCGAAUGCUACAUGCUGCUUGGCACGUGUUUGCGACAUCUGAACGAUCCCGGAAAUGCUUACCUUUCGCUGGAAAAGUCAACCAUGCUGCCGGAUGCCAUCAAGAACCCACUGAUCUAUCUCAACUUUGCCCUGUACUGCUACGAGGUCGGCAAAUCGGACCAGUCCGUACUUCAUCUGAGUAACUUUCUCGAGAUGACGCAACACAUUACCGUCCACCGCGAGUACCUGAAGAUGGCGGAGAGACUGAAUACGGCACUGGCGAUGUCCGCCCGGAGCCACAACUUGCCGGUGCCGGAAACGCAAAGACGCCCGGGCGAUCCCGACGCUACCGAGAAGGACCACCAGGAAGCGGAUGAAACCUUAGCCGCCUCUUCGGAGCCGAAAUCGGGCGAACGACGCGGUGCCGAGGACCGGAGCGGAACUGACGGCGAUCUCUGCUGA